GCUUUCCCCCUACAAAAGGCAGGAGACAGAGGCUGUGUGAGACCAGCUGCUCUCACGCUCCCUUUCCUUAGCCCUCUGCUGGCUAGGCUGGGCUGUGUCUUUGUUCUCUCUUUCUCCAGGUGAGAGUGGCUACCUGAAGUGCCAGGUCUCCUGCCUCAUUCCCCAUGAAUGCUGUGCAAUGUCCCGAGGGGCAGGAGCUACAAAAGCUGGGGAGCGGAGCCUGGGACAACCCCGCCUACAGUGGCGCCCCCUCCCCCCGUGGGACACUGAGGAUCUGUACCAUCUCCAGUGUGGUGCCUCCUCCAUCCCAACCUAAGAAGCCUGAAGAUGGACCCCAGGAGAAGGCACACAAGACCCUGGUGUCCAGUUGCUGCCUUCAGAUCUGUCAUGGCAUCAGAGGACUUUGGGGAACAACCUUGACUGAGAACACAGCUGAGAACCAGGAACUUUAUGUCAAGACCACCCUGCGGGAGCUUUUGGUGUACAUCGUGUUCCUGGUGGACAUUUGUUUCUUGACCUAUGGAAUGACAAGCUCCAGCGCCUAUUACUACACCAAAGUGAUGUCUGAGCUCUUCUUACAUACCCCGUCAGACACUGGAGUCUCCUUCCAGGCCAUCAGCAGCAUGGAAGACUUCUGGGAUUUUGCCCAGGGCCCACUACUGGACAGUUUGUAUUGGACCAAAUGGUACAACAACCAGAGCCUGGGCCGCGGCUCCCACUCUUUCAUCUACUAUGAGAACCUGCUGUUGGGGGCUCCGAGGCUGCGGCAGCUGAGGGUCCGCAAUGACUCCUGAGUGGUGCAUGAGGACUUCCGCGAGGACAUUCUGAGCUGCUACGACGUCUACUCCCCAGACAAGGAAGAACAACUCCCCUUUGGGCUCCUCAAUGGCAUAGCAUGGACCUACCGCUCGCAGGAUGCUGGGGGCUUCUCUCACUGGAGCCGCCUCACAGGCUACAGCGGAGGUGGCUACCACCUGGACCUUCCAGGAUCUCGACAGGCCAGUGCAGAGGCACUCAGGGACCUUCAGGAGGGCCUGUGGCUGGACAGGGGCAGUCGGGUGGUCUUCAUUGACUUCUCAGUCUACAAUGCCAACAUUAAUCUUUUCUGUGUUCUGAGACUGGUGGUGGAGUUUCCAGCUACAGGAGGUGCCAUCCCAUCCUGGCAAAUCCGCACAGUUAAGCUGAUCCACUAUGUCAGCAACUGGGACUUCUUUAUCAUUGGCUGUGAGAUCGUCUUCUGCAUCUUCAUCUUCUACUACGUAGUGGAGGAGAUCCUGGAGCUCCACUUCCACCGGCUUCGUUACCUCAGCAGCAUCUGGAACAUUCUGGACCUGGUGGUCAUCUUGCUCUCCAUCGUGGAUAUGGGCUUCCACAUAUUCCAAACACUUGAGGUGAAUCGGCUGAUGGGGAAGCUUCUGCAGCAGCCAAACACAUAUGCUGACUUUGAGUUCCUCGCCUUCUGGCAGACACAGUACAACAUGAACGCCGUCAACCUCUUCUUUGCCUGGAUCAAGAUAUUCAAGUACAUCAGCUUCAAUAAGACCAUGACCCAGCUCUCCUCCAUGCUGGCCUGCUGUGCCAAGGACAUCCUGGGCUUCGCCGUCAUGUUCUUCAUUGUGUUUUUUGCCUACGUCCAGCUGGGCUACCUGCUUUUUGGGACCCAAGUGGAAAGCUUCAACACUUUCAUCAAGUGCAUUUUCACUCAGUUCCAGAUCAUCCUUGGGGAGUUUGACUACAAUGCUAUCGACAAUGCCAACCGCAUCCCGGGACCAGCCUACUUUGUCACCUAUGUCUUCUUUGUCUUCUUUGUGCUCCUCAAUAUGUUUCUGGCCAUCAUCAAUGACACAUAGUCAGAGGUCAAGGAGGAGUUGGCUGGACAGAAGGAUGAGCUACAGCUUUCGGACCUCCUGAAACAGGGCUACAACAAGACCCUACUGAGGCUGCGUCUGAGGAAGGAGCAGGUUUCGGACGUGCAGAAGGUCCUGCAGGGUGGGGAGCAGGAGAUCCAGUUCAAGGAUUUCACCAACACCUUGAAGGAGCUGGGGCACAUAGAGCCUGAGAUCACUGAGCUCACGGCUGCCUUCACCAGAUUUGACCAAGAUGGGAAUCACAUCCUGGAUGAGAAGGCGCAGGAACAAAUGCGACAGGACCUGGAGGAGGAAAGGGUGGCCCUCAACGCUGAGACGGAGAACGUGCGCCGGUCCACUGUGAGUAGCCCACCAGGAGAGUCGAGUCCAGAGGCUGCCAAAGCAGGUGGCUGGGUUUCAGAAGAAUUCUACAUGUACGUGCAGCCCGGGGGCCCGGGGCUGACUGUGUUUAUGUCAUCCUACCUUGAGCUUCUUUCCACAACCUUCCAAUUCCCUGUACUACCCCAGGGAAAACCCCUCUCCCCAUUUAAUUCUCCUGAUAAGGCUGGGCCUUACCUUCCUUGUUCCCAUCCAGACACAUACUCUCUUCUGUACCCCCUACCCCUGGAAUCACCCAGCCCUCCACACACAUAUUUCUGCUCCCUUGGUCUCUCUCAAAUCUUGCACAGGCUCACAAGGAGAGUUUUGCAGCUGGAGAUUGUCCUGGAAGGAGUCAUGACCCAGGUUGAUGCCGUAGGCUCAGAGCUGACGAUGCUGGAGAAGAAAGGGCAGCUGGCUCCCUCUCCAGGCAUGGGGGAACAAGUCAUUUGGGAGCACCUGCAGGCAGCCCCAGCUGUGACUCCAGCCCCCUGGGGACUCCAGGGCGGGAAGGAGAGUGGUGGGGGAGGGGUCCUAAAGCAUCAGACAGCAGGCUUCUCUGUCACCACCUCCCCAGAAGCCCCCUCAGCACACGCCCUCCACUUCUAG